UCUUAUCACGUACUAUAUUUAUAUCUAGUUGAGUGAGAAAGUGAAUUAUAUUUGCACGGCUGACAACCGGUCAAUACUCGAGUGAUACGAGUAGAUGAGAGGCCCAUGAUAGAGGAGAAAGAUACAGCUCUCGAAUACUUGAGAAGACGAGUCGAAUACUUGAUAACCCGGGAAAAGCUGGAAAUCAGGGAAGUGAAAAAUGUAAAGGCCAAUGAAAAGCUAAUUGAUGAAUUGAACAGUCUCGAAGAUGUAGAAGCUGGUGCAAAGUUUGGGGAGCAUGAUGAGGAUGAUUCUGAGGAGGGGGAGGAGGAGGUUGAUCCAAAGAAGAAGAGAAAGAGAGCCCCUUCCAAAAAGAUGUCUGAAGGUGCAUCGAGCAGCGCCCAACCUACUAAACGAGCACGCGGUGGACGUGGUCGUGGCGGUGGACGUGGUCGUGGUGGGGAUGUUCAUGAAUGAAUGGUUG